AUGGAUAUCUUCAGAGUGCUUUCUAGAGGUGCUUCUUUGAAAAAAUCAAAAGAUAUAGUCACAGAUUAUGCUUUACCAUCAGUGAAACAAUCAUUAAAUAAAGAUGUUGAAAAGGAAAUAGAUUUCUUUAGAACCAAGAAAUUCUCAAAUUUGGCUAAAUCUGAACAAGAUUCUCAAAAAGAAGAAGAAAUUAAUCAAACUCAUGCAAAAAUUGAAGAUGAACAUAAUGAACCACCACCACCAAAGAUUACAAAUGAAGAUGAAGCUAGAUUAUUAAGAAAAUCUUAUAGAGCUAAUGUCACAGGGAAUGAUAUCCCAUUACCAAUCGGUUCAUUUGAAGAUUUGAUUAGUCGUUUUAAACUAGAUCAACAAUUAUUAACAAAUUUGAUAGAUUCUGGUUUUACAGAACCUACUCCAAUUCAAAGUGAAUCAUUACCAAUCACAUUAUUUGAUAGAGAUGUCCUUGCAUGUGCACCAACAGGUUCAGGUAAAACUUUAGCAUUUAUAAUCCCUUUGAUUCAGCAAUUAAUAAAUUCCAAUAAGCAAAAAAAUUCAGGUUUAAGAGGAUUAAUUAUAUCACCAACAAAAGAGUUAGCUCAACAAAUUUAUGAAGAAUGUAAUAAAUUAAGUUCAAAAUUACCAUUAAAAGUUGCAAUUUUAUCAAAAUCAAUAAGUUCAAAAUUGAAGAAUAAAAUCAUUAAAAAGGAUAAAUAUGAUAUAAUAAUUUCUACUCCAUUAAGAUUAAUCGAUCUUGUUAAAAAUGAAGCAUUAGAUUUAUCAAAAGUUGAACAUUUAAUCUUUGAUGAAGCUGAUAAAUUAUUUGAUAAGAAUUUUUUGGAACAAACUGAUGAUAUCUUAACACAAUGUAAAAACCCACGUUUAAGAAAAUCAAUGUUUAGUGCUACAAUUCCAUCAAAUGUUGAAGAAAUUGCAAAUCAAAUCAUGCAAAACACUAUAAGAUUAAUCAUUGGUCAUAAAGAAGCUGCAAAUCAACAAAUUGAACAAAAAUUAACAUUUUGUGGUAACGAAGAAGGUAAAUUAAUUGCAAUUAGGCAAUUAAUUCAAGAAGGUGAAUUUAAACCACCAGUUUUAAUUUUCUUACAAUCUAUAACAAGAGCAAAGGCACUUUUCCAUGAAUUAUUAUAUGAUAGAUUAAAUGUUGAUGUUAUUCAUGCAGAAAGAACCCAAAUUCAAAGACAAAAAAUCAUUGAACGUUUUAGAAAAGGUGAAAUUUGGGUAUUAAUUUGUACAGAUGUUUUAGCAAGAGGUAUUGAUUUUAAAGGUGUUAAUCUUGUGAUAAAUUAUGAUGUUCCAAAUAGUGCACAAGCUUAUGUUCAUAGAAUUGGUAGAACAGGUAGAGGUGGACGUGAAGGUAAAGCUGUUACUUUAUAUACUAAAGAAGAUUCAAUUGCAAUAAAACCAAUUGUAAAUGUUAUGAAACAAAGUGGUUCAAAUUAUGAUGAAUGGUUAGAUAAUUUAACCAAGAUUACUAAAAAUGAAAAACAAAAUAUUAAAAAAGGUCAAAUCAAGAGAAAAGAUAUUAGUACUGUUCCAAAAGUUGUGAAACAAAAGAGAAAACAAAGAGAAGAUAUGAUUAGAGCUUCUAAAAGAAGAAAACAAUUGACAAAUGGUGAAGAAGGAGAAACAAAUAAUAAUGAUUCUGGUUCAGAUUCUGAGUAA